CCUCUGCACUCACCGCCCUCAGACCCGCCGGGACCCGCCAGAUCCGCUCGCCGAGGAUGCUGCGCUCCGCCGGCCCGGGACAGGCCCUGCUGCUGAGCGCCCUGCUGUGCCGCCUGGCCGCCGCCGACUAUGCAGCACUACCAACAGCAGUCAAUAUAACUUGGUCUUCAAUCAACUUUAAAACUAUACUACAGUGGCAGCCAAAACCAUCAGGUUACUUCUAUACUGUAGAAAUACAUGGACAGACAUCUGACAUUAAAAAAAAAUGCAUCCUGACAACAGAAACAGAGUGUGAUGUUACUGAUGCACUCAAGGAUGUAAAAGAGACCUACGUAGCCCACAUACUGUCCGUAAUGCCCGCGGGGAUGGAUAACUUUGAAGAACCACCUUAUGCACUUUCUGAAAAAUUUACUCCUUAUAGUCAGACUGUUAUAGGAAAACCAGAAAUAAAGAAUUAUACUCAAAAAGGUUCCAAACUGAAUGUCGUGAUCAAAGAUCCACUUACACCGUAUACAUUUCCUAAUGGAAGCUUUCAAAGUAUUCGAGAUAUUUUCCAGCAUGACCUGGAAUACAAGCUCUAUUACUGGAAAGAUCAAAGUUCUGGAAAGAAAGAUGCAACAACAAAAAGCCAUACAUUUGAAGUAAGUGUUGAGAGCACAAAGAACUAUUGCUUCUAUGUCCAGGGAUUCGUUCCGUCCCGCAGAGAAAACCGUAAUGGCCAAACCAGCGUGGUGCACUGCACCACUGGAGAAAGGGGGAUCUUCGACGAAUAUGGAGCAGAAGUCUUUAUCAUCAUAGCAGUGAUUGCAAUUGCAGUCAUCACUCUUGCCAUCGUCCUGCCAGUGAUUCUGUGUAAACGCAAGAAAGCAAGAGCUGCGAGAGAAAAGGAACCACUUAAUGGUGUCUAAGGAAAAAGUAUUGUGGACACCAGUGGCAGCACCAAGGCAAAAAAAUCCACCACAACAAAAAACCAUAAAUUGGAUAAUUGGGUGGAGCUUUUUAGGCUUUCUGAAACAGGAAUUUUGAAGCCCAAAUUUUAUUGGCCGGAGCUGGAGGAGUAUUCUGGUGAUCUGUUACAAUCAUAGAAUCAUAGAAUAUGCUGAGUUGGAAGUGACCCACAAGGAUCAUAAAGUCCAACUCCCGGCCCUGCGUAGGAUACCCUAAGGCACACACAGCAUGUCUGAGAACGUUGUCCAAACAGUUCUUGAACCCAGACAGGCUUAGUGCUGUGACCACUUCCUUGGGGAGGCUGUUCCAGUGCCCAGCCACCCUCUGUGUGAAAAACCACCUCCUGAUAUCCAAC